UGCAACUACAAAUUCAUUUUCUCUGAGGUUUUCUUUCUCUCUCUACUUUCCCAUCCUGUCCGUCUUUCACAUUCCACAUCGGGUUACUCCACACCGCGCGUAUGUCGAUAAGAUUCGUCGCUGUUUGAGAAAUUGUUUUUCAUGCUAUACGGGUCGGGUCUGGUAUUGUCUGCACCCGCCAACCCAUUUCAAAAGGACAAAACACCUAUAUAAACUCGAUGCACAAGACGCAAACUUUUACUCAAGAAUAAGUGUCGGUCGCCUCUUGGGUUCUCUGCCCCUCUUAAUAAACAAAACCCACUUAUUCAAAAUGCUGUUAUUAUAGUUAAUAACCUUGGAUUUUGCCUGCUUCUUUGUUCUUUUCUUUCCUUUUUUUUGGUAUUUUUUUGAGGUUGUUUCAGCUCCAAGAAUCAAAGUUCUGAACUGGGCUCGGGAGGCUCUUCGAUUAAAGUGGUGAAUUUUGAUAUGAAAAUGGGCAGACAAUAAUGAGUGGAAGAUUACUGAAAUGUUUGCACAUUCUGGUGUUUAUGAUGAUUGUGCUGAGGACUGAAAGUUUCUAUGUUGAUAUCACUUAUGUUCGGAGUGCUGUGGCGAAAGGAGCAGUUUGCUUGGAUGGGAGUCCGCCUGCAUACCAUCUCGACAGGGGAUAUGGAACAGGAAUUAACAAUUGGUUAGUCCACAUUGAGGGGGGAGGAUGGUGCAACAAUGUGACGACUUGCCUCGCCCGUAAGAACAACCGGUUAGGUUCCUCCAAGUACAUGGUUAAGCAGCUUGCUUUUUCUGGGAUUUUAAACAACAAGGCCAAUUUUAACCCUGAUUUCUAUAACUGGAAUCGAGUCAAAGUUAGAUACUGUGAUGGUGCGUCAUUCACUGGUGAUGUUGAAGCAGUGAAUCCCGUCACAAAACUUCACUACCGUGGGGCGAGAGUGUUUCUUGCUGUCAUGGAGGACUUAUUAGCAAAAGGCAUGAAGAAUGCCGAAAACGCUGUUCUAUCUGGAUGUUCAGCCGGCGGAUUGGCCGCAAUUCUUCAUUGUGAUAGCUUCAAGGCUCUCCUUCCCAUGGGCACCAAAGUAAAGUGCUUUUCUGACGCUGGUUAUUUUAUUAAUACUAAGGAUGUCUCUGGAGCACAGCACAUUGAAGCUUUCUAUCAUGACGUGGUCUCAACUCAUGGAUCAGCAAAGAAUUUGCCCCGGUCAUGCACCUCAAGAAUGAAACCGAGUCUGUGUUUUUUCCCACAGUACGUAGCAAGAGAAAUUCGGACACCCCUUUUCAUUAUAAACGCCGCCUAUGAUUCAUGGCAGAUAAAAAAUAUUUUGGCUCCUGGUGUUGCUGAUCCACACGGGACAUGGCACAACUGCAAGACUGAUAUAAACAAAUGCUCGGCCACUCAACUCCAAACCAUGCAAGGGUUCAGGUUAGAGUUUAUCAGAGCAUUGUAUGGACUAGGUGUCUCGACAUCGAGAGGGUAUUUCAUCAACUCUUGCUAUGCACACUGCCAAACUGAAAUGCAGGAAACCUGGUAUAGAAGUGACUCUCCCAAGUUAAACAACAAGACAAUUGCUAAAGCAGUCGGAGAUUGGUUCUACGACAGAAGUCCGUUUCAGAAGGGAGAUUGCCCGUAUCCUUGUGACCGAACUUGUCACAACCGCGUUUUUGAUCCACAAGAGCACACAUUGGUAUAGAUUUAUUGUGUCAAUAGGUGAACCAUCACAAGGAAAUUCUUAUCCGGACCGGUUUUGGCCAGAACUAAUCAACUAAUUACAAACCUGAGUAAUACACUUGUCGUGUGAUUGGUUUGGUUCGGUCAAACCUGGUUUGGAUAAAAAUUCUCCACCAUUCACGAUUAUAGAAAAUUAUAUACAUAGGAAUAGAAACACGAGUUCAUAAUUUGUCAAGGUUUCUAAAUAAUAUAUGAAAAUUGUACCCCCCAUGCAUGAAAAUCUCCGUGCUUCGAGUUUUUCAAAAUUUAUUACACUAAUACAUAGUGAAUAAUUUUUUAAGGUUAUUAAUGUAUGUAAUUGAUUUGUAAUUUUAUUUUACUACUAGUAGGAUUUUUUUCUUGAUUUUUUCAGGUCGUAAGUAUCUGAUUACAUUAGUAUCUUAAUAAAUUGAGCAGUAUGUUGACUC